AUGUCGCUACUUUUACGUCUCCGAUCGCUCUCCUCCUAUGUUGUCUAUCGCUUUCCGCGUCCCCCACGCUUCGCCCCACCGUCGCCCACGCUUCCUCCCGCUGUCGCUCACACUUCAUUCCGUCGUUGCCCAUGCUCCCCCUCCCGUCACCACCUUCACCGUCGCCCUCGCUUUCCCCCACUGUCGCUUACGCUCCCACCCAUCGUCGCUCACGCUUCCCCCUACCUUCUCCCACGCUUCCCCUCUCAUCAGCCACGCUUCCUCCCACCGUCGUCCUCUUCCUCCCACCGUCGACCUCCCUUCUCUCCCACCUCUCUCCACGUCGUCAUCACUCCCCUGCCUAUCACGUUCCCCCUCUUCACCGUCGCGUCUCCACCCUCUCAUCCCUUCCCAUCGCAUUUAGGCCUCUCACCCACCCUGGGCGGGGAGGUAUGGCGGGCUGGGCUGGGAGCUGGGAAAGGGGUCGUGGCUCGUUCGCUGUGGGGUGUGGAAGGGUGCGUGGUCAGCAGCACCCACCCUUUUCUCUCUUGCACUGACCUCCUCUCCUCUCUCGCACCGACCCCGCACGCAUGGGAGGUGGUGAUGAGGCUUUGGAGCAGAGUGUUGGGGGCACAGCCAGGGCAGCGCGCGCAGGCGGGCAGCAAGGAGUGCAGUGCUGCAGGGGGCGGCCGUCCUCCCCUCCCUCUCCCUUCCUCCCUUCCUCCAUCUCUUUGCCUCACUACCCUCUUUACCCUCUCUGUUGUCCGUCCUCCCUUCCUCCCGUCCUCCCUUCCUCCCGUCCUCCAUCUCAUCCGCCCAUCAUCUCAUCCCCCCAUCAUCUCAUCCCCCCAUCAUCUCAUCCCCCCUAUCAUCUCAUCCGCCCAUCAUCUCAUCCCCCCAUCAUCUCAUCCGCCCAUCAUCUCAUCCCCCCAUCAUCUCAUCCCCCCAUCAUCUCAUCCCCCCAUCAUCACAUCCCCCCAUCAUCUCAUCCGCCCAUCAUCUCAUCCCCCCAUCAUCUCAUCCGCCCAUCAUCUCAUCCCCCCAUCAUCUCAUCCCCCCAUCUUCUCAUCCCCCCAUCAUCUCAUCCGCCCAUCAUCUCAUCCGCCCAUCAUCUCAUCCCCCCAUCAUCUCAUCCCCCCAUCAUCUCAUCCCCCCAUCAUCUCAUCCCCCCAUCAUCUCAUCCGCCCAUCAUCUCAUCCCCCCAUCAUCUCAUCCGCCCAUCAUCUCAUCCGCCCUUCCUCCGUGUCUCCCUUGCUCAUUUUCUGCCUCCGUGCAUUCUUUGUUCCCCACCGUGCAUCAGAGUUUGUGGUUCGUGUCUAUGCAGGUCUGCCAUGCAUCCAGUCGUGA